GAGUGCCUCUAGAGCAGCGGUUCCCAAACCGUUUCCCUCCACGGAUUACCAGGAAAAUUGCUGAGGGUCUUAGCGGACCACUCAAUGAUUGUUCUGCCUGUAAUGUUCUGCACUUGUAAUGCACACUGUGCUAGAUGCUGUAUGACUUUAACUGUAUUUCUACAUACACGCUGUGGACCACCUGGAUGAGGCUCGUGGUUCGCGCUGACCGCAGUUUGAGAAACGACAAUAAGCUGCCCUACCGCGCAAGGGUCCUGUGUUGUUGUUAUCGGUUGGGCGCUGACUCCCUUUUAAUUCACCGCCGCUUUAAACCGAAUUGCUUCUGCAGCCUGUUUUUGGACGUUCGGGUUUUAUCGGCUGCGGAUUUAUUUGCUGCUUGUUUGGUUCUUUUAUUGAUUAUUUAGGUAUUGCUGUUCGUUGUUUUAAAUCUCCUGCCUCCACUGUCGGAGGGAGUAUGCUCCUGAAUACCAGAGUCCUGGGAAUCGCAAGAGGGGAGAAUGCUGUUACGCUCAGGUCCUGCUUGCUUGCUUGCAGGCUUCCCAUAGGGACAACCUGUUUGGCCGCUGUGAGAACAGGACGUUGGACCAGAUGGGCCUUUGGCCUUUUCCAGUAGAGCUCUCCUUAUAAUCUUAAUGUUGAAAUCAUCUCAUGUUGUCCCAUACCUCACCCAUUCGCAGCUGCCAGCUCUCCACUUGGGAAAAGAAGCCUUCCUUUUCUCUACAAAUACAAUUUGCCAGUACUUCUUCCGUUUUUCUGGAACAGAAAUGGGCGAUUUUGGCCAGGAGCGGAGCGAUUUUACCAAUCAGUUGUUUGAGUGGGAUGCAACUGAGCUGGAGCCUGCCUUGUCUGCAGCCUUGUAUCUUCACGUGGUGCAAGGAAAAAAGGGAGAGGAGGUUUUGGAGAUCAUCCGGAAGCCACUGAACUAUAUUGACCAGACCCUUGCCAAAAAGGGUGCUCCUUACCUUACCGGGGAAGCUGAGUCAGCUGUUGAUGUUGUCUUGUGGGGAUCCCUGUUCCCGCUAUUAAGGGAGGAAUCCUUCUUACCAGAUGAGUUGAAAGCCUUGAGGAGAUGGUUCCAGAACAUGAGCCUGAAGGAGCACUGCAAGAAGGCAGUUGAAUCUAUAUGGACACCCAAAGGAUUGCUGGAGCUUAAGGCUUAUCUGCAGAAACAUCCUGCUCCCAACCUGGCCUUUGAGAAGCCGGUCAUGAAUUUGCCGAAGGAAGAGGAAUCUGCCCAGCAAUCUCUGUCUGAAGAGGAGAUCGCAGCAAUUGCAGAAGUCUGGGCCAAAGGGCCAGCUGGCCUCCCCAAACUUUGGAAGCCACAACACCCUAUAGUUCCUGUGAAAGGCAUGAAGAAUGUGCUGAUCACGAGUGCCCUGCCCUAUGUCAAUAAUGUGCCUCACCUUGGGAACAUCAUUGGCUGUGUCCUCAGUGCUGAUACCUUUGCACGAUACUGUCGCCUGCGCAACUGGAACACGUUGUACUUGUGUGGUACUGAUGAGUACGGGACUGCCACAGAGACGAAGGCCAUGGAGGAGGGGCUGACGCCACAGCAGAUCUGUGAUAAGUACUAUGCUGUCCAUGCCCAGAUCUACCAGUGGUUCAAAAUCUCCUUUGACUACUUUGGCCGCACCACCACAUCCCAUCAGACCAAGAUAGCUCAGGACAUUUUCCAGAGACUACUGGAGCGCAAUUACCUUCUGACAGAGACGGUGGAUCAGUUGAAGUGUGAGAACUGUGAGCGGUUCCUGGCUGACCGCUUUGUGGAAGGCAUCUGCCCCUUCUGCAACUAUGAAGAGGCUCGUGGGGACCAGUGCGAUAAAUGUGGCAAGCUCAUCAAUGCCACUGAACUCAAGAAACCAAUGUGCAAAGUCUGCCAGGGGACCCCUGUGGUAAAAUCCUCGCAGCAUCUCUUCCUCGACUUGCCCAAGCUAGAAGACAGCCUGGAGAAGUGGCUGGCCGUAUCUCAGUCCGCUGGGGACUGGACUCCCAAUGCAAGAUACAUCACCCGCUCCUGGAUCCGGGAUGGGCUCAAGCCACGUUGCAUUACUCGUGACCUGAAAUGGGGCACCCCAGUCCCUUUGGAUGGCUUCCGUGAAAAGGUGUUCUACGUCUGGUUUGAUGCUCCCAUUGGCUACCUAUCCAUUGCAGCCAGUUACACCGACCAAUGGGAGAAAUGGUGGAAGAACCCAGAGCAGGUGCAGCUUUAUAACUUCAUGGCCAAGGACAACGUCCCCUUCCACAGCGUUGUGUUUCCUUGCUCGUUGCUGGGUACUGGUGACAGUUACACCCUAGUCAACCAUCUUAUUGCAACAGAAUACUUGAACUAUGAGGAUGGCAAAUUCUCUAAGAGUCGUGGCGUGGGGGUCUUUGGGGAUAUGGCCAUGGACACAGGCAUUCCUGCAGACAUCUGGCGCUUCUACCUGCUCUACUUGCGGCCGGAAAGCCAGGACAGCGCCUUCUCUUGGAAUGAUCUCAUGCUUAAAAACAAUUCAGAGCUGCUCAACACCCUUGGCAACUUCAUCAACAGAGCUGGGUCCUUUGUGUGCAAAUUCUUUGGGGGAAACGUCCCCUCCAUGGAGCUGAGUCACGAUGACAAGCGCCUGCUGGCUAACAUCACCCUGGAGCUGCGUCAGUACAACCAGUUGCUGGAGAAGGUCAAGAUCCGUGAUGCCCUGCGCAGUAUCCUAAACAUUGCUCGUCAUGGCAACCAGUAUCUUCAGGUCAAUGAGCCCUGGAAACGCAUCAAGGGCAGUGAUGCAGACAAGAAGCGAGCAGGCACAGUGAUAGGAGUGGCUGUCAACAUUGCAUCCCUGCUGUCCAUCAUCCUGCAGCCGUACAUGCCUGGUGUGAGUGCUGCUAUCCAAGGGCAGUUGUGCAUUCCUGCUGACUACAAUGUAGUGACCAAUGACUUUGUCUGCACCUUGCCUGCUGGACACCAGAUUGGGACAGUGACCCCUCUGUUCCAGAAGCUGGAGACUGAACAAGUUGAAAACCUGAGAAAGCGCUUUGGUGGUGGCCAGUUUGAAGACUUCCCGCUGAAUCUAAAGCAAAAAGCAGCUUCAAAGGGUGAACAGGUCGUGGGAGCAAAGGAACUUCAGGAAGAAGUAGCCAAACAGGAUAACCACAUUCAGCAGCUGAAGGCCCAGAAAGCUGAGAAGAAGCAGGUUGAUGCUGCAAUCUCAAAGUUAGCGGAACUACAGAAGCGGCUCAGCCUAGCUGAGGGAAAAGGGAAAAAGAGAAAGUGAGUCGGUGGGUCCUGCAGCAUCCCCUGGCUUGGAUCAGCAGGCUUGUUUUGCUAUCUGCACAUCAGUGAUGGAGUUCAGUUUCUCACAUUUUCACACCAUUAAGUUAUGUAGUCCUUUCCUGUUUUGUAAUGCAUUGAUGAACAAUUAAGAAUCCUUUGAAGUAUUUUAAAUAUAGUGAGAAAUAAAUAUUUCAUUGGUUAAAU